AUCCUAUUUUCUUGGUUGACCAAAAAAAAAGAUAUAUCGGAGAUUAUUCUAGAUCCUAAAAUACAUAUAUGUAUAUCUUUCCAAUAACCAUUUUCAACAGAUUCAGACGUCAUGAUAUAAGUUAUACUAUGAAAUUUUGUCGCGAAUGUAAUAACAUUUUGUAUCCAAAGGAGGACAAGGAGCAAAAGAUCCUCCGCUACGCUUGCCGUAAUUGUGAUUACCAGGAAAUAGCUGAUAAUUACUGCGUCCACAGAAACGAAGUUCAUCAUUCUGUAAGUGAAAAAACUCAGAUCCUAACGGACGUGGCUUCUGACCCGACUCUUCCCCGAACCAAAGCUGUGCGUUGUGCCAAGUGUCAGCAUAGAGAGGCUGUCUUCUUCCAGGCUACGACUAGAUCUGAAGAUGGAAUGGCAUUGUUCUUUGUAUGCUGCAACCGGAAUUGCGGCCAUCGCUGGAGAGAUUAAGAAAUAUUUUUGUUUCAGUUGUCAAUCAUCAGCCUAUGUUUUUCUUAUAGAGAUUGUAAGAGUCCCGUGUGUUCGGUCAAUAAUCAGUUUCUUAGAAAGUCAGAUUUAAACAUCAACCUAUGUUUUGAUGAGAUCUUGAAGAAUUUUAGUAGGGUGGACAAAUAAACCGAAUCCAAGAACCCAACCUGAAUCCGACGCAAUAAAUAUAAAUCUGAAUCGAAUCCCACAUAAAUACCUAAUGGGAUUUGUUUUAUGGAUUUUGACUUAUGGGUAUAUCCGAAAUAAACCCGAAGGUAUAUACGAAAAAGAAAAAAAUCAAAAUAUCAUAAAAUACUCAAGCCAAUCUUCGGUUUUCCGCUUCGGAUUUUAUCUAAUAUGAUAUGUUUGCACAUAGUUUUGAGUUUUGUUCUCUAAUUUGUUGUUUAUACUCUCAAAUUUUAUUUGUCAAAAAUUACACUAUAACCAAAAAGGAACCGGAAUGAGAGCAUUUUUCAUUUCUCAUUUCAAAUAUUUUUGGUCUUUGUUUUACUGGAUAUAUUGGAAACGAAAACUUGAUUAAGAUCCAAACCCAAAAGUAUAUUUUGGAAUUGAUAUUUUGGAAACUAAGUACAAUAUAAUAUUUUGGAAAGGAAAACUCGAUUAAGAUCCAAACCCAAAAUUAUAUUGGGUUCAACCGGUUUUUGGAAAUGUUACUGAAUAUGAAGCGAACCUGACUAACCUGAACCGGAUCCGAACAAAUUUUUUAUAAUAUCCGAAUGGGGCUGAAAUUCAUAAAACCAAAAACUCGAUCUAACUCAAACCGAAAUCCAUUGGUUCCCCGAAUGCCAAGGCCUAAGUUCUAGGACAUUCACGUCAUGUAAUUUGUACUGACUAGGAAAUUGGCAACUUGACAUCUGUCCGCAGUCUAAAUUUUUUCAGGUGUUAGAUGUGGAAUAAUGAUAAAGUUAUUGAUAACAACUAACUUUAAAAUAAAUAACCAAUUCA